AUGCCACGAUUGUCAAAACAACAUGAUUCCUCGGAAACAGAAUAUACUGAUAGUAAUGAGGAUUCAGCCUUUAUGUUACUUAGAAAUUCUUCCCAAACUCAAAGAAGACACAAAGCAGAAGAAAGAAAAUCCGCUACUGAACAUAAGAAAAACACUGAUUUUUCAAUUGAAGAACCAAUUGAAGCUGAUUCUACUUCUGAAAAUGAAAAUUCACAUAUCAGAAAUGACCUUAAUCAAGUUUCUAAAGAUGAGAAUAAUCAAGAAUUUUACUGGUCUUAA